AUUUUUCAAGUCGCCGUGUAAAAGUGAAGUGUCCCCGUGCUCGAUAAAGGCUCUAAGCAGAAGAUAAUUUAAGUAAAAAGUUCAAAAAUCCAUACAAAUACAAUAUGAGGGAAAUCGUACACAUCCAAGCUGGUCAGUGCGGCAACCAGAUCGGAGCCAAGUUCUGGGAGAUCAUCUCCGACGAGCAUGGCAUUGACGCCACCGGUGCUUACCACGGGGACAGCGACUUGCAGCUGGAGCGCAUCAAUGUGUACUACAAUGAGGCGUCCGGAGGCAAAUAUGUGCCCCGCGCCGUCCUUGUCGACUUGGAGCCCGGCACCAUGGACUCUGUUCGGUCCGGCCCCUUCGGCCAGAUCUUCAGGCCCGACAACUUUGUUUUCGGACAGUCCGGCGCCGGCAACAAC